AAUAUUGCAGUUGAAAUUUUAAAAAAGAGCGCGCGUAUUUCAGUCGUAUUUGUAUUCCGUUUUCAAAAAUGACGUUUACUUUAUUUUUUAAUUUUUAAAGGUAUUAUUUGAAAACAUUUCAUGAAGUUCCUAUACUUAGGAAAUAUUUCGUACCUGUGGCGUUGGAGAGAAUUAUUUUGGAUUUCCUAAGAACAUGGGGCUGCAUGUAGAGAUGGCGCCGAAAGCGUCUGAGAGUCUUUUGCCUGAGUCGGAGUCCAAGCCCAGAGUGACGGAGAAGACGAUUUCGAUGGAAUCUGAUGAUGAUGAAGAGACCACCGAAUGCGACUGUGCCGAGUACCGGUAUGGUGCUGGCGACGCGGUGUUCUCGAGUUUCUUAGUAGCCCCCUUGGUAGUGGGGUAUUGGAGGGGAGCAUGGGGUGUUAUGGAGGGACACCGGGAACUAUUCCCCGUCGCGCAAUCCUUCUUCUUGGGUAUACUGGUGCACGUGUGCUUCACACUACUCAGGUCUCACCUCCUAGCGCGCUCUCGGGGCGCGUGGAGCUCGCAACAAGGCGGCGCGGGCCGCUGGGUGCGCGAGCGCAUACUGUCUCGCGUGUACACGUAUGUGUUCUCACUGGCCAACAUCACGCAUUGGCGCGGCGGCUGGGGGCUGCUCGACGCUGCAGUCGCCGCUAUACUACCUAAUGAGCGCGACCCACAUGUGCCUGUCCUGUACGCCGCUGUGGUGAUAGCAUGCUACGUGUCUGCCGCGUGUCUGCGCUCGUCACGCAACAUGCUCGCGUCACCAUACUUCCUCGUCACCGACGGCAAGGAAGCCACCUACAUCUUCACCACACGAUUCAAAACUAAUUUCAGCAGCCGUGAGACGGCCCUGUACGUGUUGGACUGCGUGUUCUCCGUGUCGGUGGUGGGGUCGCUGGUGGUGUUCGUGUGGCGCGGCUCCUGGGCGCUGCUCGACAUCUUCCUCUUCCCGGGGGACCCGCUCAAGUCCUGCUGGAGCUCUUUGAUAGUAGGAUACGCCCUGGUAGUGGCAACCUUCGCACUCCAAGCGCCGGUGCGCUGGGCGGCGGCACGGCUGCACGGCGCCCCGCGACUGCUGCUGGCUGACGUGUACCACCUGCUGUCCUUCUUCGCCACCGUCAACGUGUGGCGCGGCGUCUGGGGGCUGCUUGACAUCUACUUCUUCCCAGAUACACCGAAGCUCAGCAACUGGUGUUCACACGCGAUCAGUAUUUGCCUGUUGAUCCUGCUGAACUGUUCCAACUCCAUCUUGGUGCGAGGAGUUUACAUUGACGCGGAGGAACCAGCAGGAGAGUGUGUGGUCUUCCCUUGUCAUUAUCUGAGGAUAUUCUUCCAUAAAGAGAGAACUAAGAAAAGACACAAGCGCGCGCUCGCCGCUGCCGCCGUCGCUACGGCGCGGAAAUCAGAAGACGCCGUAUUGCCCUUACAAAAUUCUGAUGAAAAGGUUUAGCCGGAAACAUAGGCGUAGCUAGGGAUUUUGUAGGGCGUUCAGCUGAAGCUAGUAGACCUCUACUAAUAAUUGAACAGAAAAUAACUUUACCUAUUACCAUUGAUAUAUAAGUAACGUAGAUUGAUCUGAACAUGAACGCUCAAAAACUGGGACGAAAAGUUAGAGCAGAACUGGCGAUGCAUGCUCUGAUAUUCCGUAGUACACACUCUCUCUCUCUCUCUCUCUCUUAUCGUGUGGGUUGUGAGGUAGAUUACCAACCUCAUCAACCCUGGUGUAAGGGUUAUUGAGCCGCCUAAGUACACACUAGUAAGUAGUACACUGUUAGGCGACGAACUGGCAACAUCUGGAUUUGUAUAACCUGAUAACGUUUACGAAUUUACGAAUCACCACGCAUUAUGGAUGACUAUUUUUGACGAUUUUAUUGAAUCUAUAUACUGCUGCUAAGUUAGCGUUAAGUUUUAGUCGUAUUUUUGUGUGACGUGCUUUAUCCUCGAUACUUAUAUAUCAAUGAAUAAUACUAUAAAAUUUUAUAUAAGUAGUGGGCAAUGACCUUCCCACACCCCCUAGCUACACCUUUGGCCGGAAAGCGGCUUUAUAAGUACCUCAAGUGCCUUAACAGUGGCUUAAAAGCAGCUGGAAGUGUUUUAAGUGAAGUGGACUUUAAAUUGUUGCUUACUUGUAAUUUUAAUUAAGUUUAAGUUAAAUUACAUUUUAAGGCCCAGUGAUGUGAUUCAACGUGCGCCUUUGACUUCGUGAUCUAUGUACAAGUAUAUUUUGAUAUGAUAUUUGGAAUUAGUAAGUAUAGGUACGUACCUACCUAUUUUAAGGUGGAAUGUAUUUUGUUACCAAUUAUUAAAUAAGUAAUGAAUGUUCUCGAAUGUAUUAAGUUGGACAUUGACUAGUCAAUUUGAAUAAAUAUAUCGCAAUAUGUAUUAAAUGUAUUCGCAUUUACACAAAAAAGAAAAUAAUAAAGAGUUUACAUUUAUUUUUGAAAUUCUUUUUAAUUGCGGGAAGAGUAAAAUAAAACCUUAUUAUUAGGUUGUAAAAAUAAUAAAAGUGACUGCGAGGAUUAAAAAUAAUAUUUUAUUAAUUGGUAAUUUACGUAUGUAAAUACUUACCUAUUAAAUAAAUAAAUAAAAGCAAUUAUUAAUUGAGUUUAUGAAAGACAAUAAUUGACCAGGUUUUAUAAAGAAAGAAGUUUGGAAACUUGUACGGGGUCUCUGUAAAAAUAUACUAAGGAUAUCGAUGUUAAAAUAAAAAGCAGGUGCCUAAUGAUCUACCUAUUUAUAAUAAUGGCUUCCAGACAUUUAUGUAAAUAAAGUAUUUAAUAAUUAUAAUAAGAUUUUAAUGUUGGAAGUGUAAAUAAUAAUUAUAAUAAUAAUCAAUUACGAUUGCA